UUCAUUAAAUUACAAGCAGAUGUCAUACCUUAAAAUACAAACUAGGAUGUGGUUUUGUUUUUUUUAUCUGAGUCUUUAGUAGAACAAGUGGCAUCCAAACAAAACCGUUUCUAGUACUGUAAUUUCCACAAACCAUUCCAAUCUCUUACUUAUGGGUAGUAUCCUUCAAUAAUAGAUCUGAUACAAGUUACAGAAGUUAAUACACCAUUCCCGCACCUCUGUAUCCUUCAAUCCAUGGCCUCUCAAAGCCACCGACAACACUUCCUUCUCUUCCCCCUCAUGGCUCAAGGCCACGUGAUACCGAUGAUUGACGUCGCGCGCUUGUUGGCACAACAAGGACUCGUGGUGACCCUGAUCAUGACCCCGGGAUUCGCCGCUCGUUCCAAACCCGUCCUCGAUCGCUCCAUAAGCGCCGGCCUCCAGAUCCACCUCGUGGAACUAGAGUUGCUGUACCAAGCCGCGGGAAUACCCGAAGACUAUCGCCACCACCUCGUCGACACGCUACCUUCUCCGGACUUGAUUUUGAAGAUGUUCAAUGCCAUCGAAAUGCUUCAACCACAAGUCGAGCAGCUCUUCCAUGAUCUGAACCCUAGGCCGAGCUGCAUAAUAUCUGACAUGUGUGUGUGCUACACCCUCGACGUCGCUCGGAAGUUCAACGUCCCGAGGGUUGUGUUCUACUGCACGAGUUGCCUUUGCCUCUUGUGCUUGCACUGCUUUAGAAGUCUCAAGAAUGGCAGUGAUGAAGCCAAUAUCACUAAAAGUUGUUGUGAGAAGUUUGUUCUCCCAGGCUUGCCAGAUCGGCUCGAGUUCACGGAGCAGCAGUUCCCGACAGUGCCGGCUCAUCCAGGGUUGGCAGAGUUCUUUGAGAAGUGUACGGUAGCGGAGUUGGCCUCUUAUGGAGUGAUCGUGAAUAGCUUUGAGGAACUCGAACCGGCAUAUGCUGAAGAGUACAAGAAGGUAAGAGGACAUAAAAGGGUGUGGUGCAUCGGACCGGUUUAUUUGUGCAAUAAGGACCAUCUGGAUCUGGCUCAGAGGGGAAACGAGGCUGCAGUUGACUCAAAGAAGUGCUUGGAAUGGCUGGACACGCAGGAGCCCAGCUCUGUGGUCUAUGCUUGCCUAGGAACCUUGUGCAACCUAACCCCUCCUGAGCUGAAAGAGCUUGCUUUGGGGCUCGAAGGCUCAAAGCGACCAUUCGUUUGGGUCAUCCGAGGAAGCCAGCUUCAAGAGCUCGAGCGGUGGAUCUCGGACGACAAGUAUGACCAGCGGAUCGAGGGACGAGGUUUCCUGGUCCGGGGCUGGGCCCCUCAGGCGCUCAUCCUGUCACACCCUUCGAUCGGCGGGUUCCUGACCCACGGCGGGUGGAACUCCACGCUGGAGGGCAUCUGCGCUGGGGUCCCGCUGCUGACGUGGCCCAUGUUCGGGGACCAGUUCUGCAACGAGAGGCUGGCGGUGGAGGUGGCGAUGAUCGGGGUGGGCCUCGGGGUGGAGGAUCCAGCGGGAUCAGGUGAAGGGGGAGCGGUGGCGAGGGUGAGGAGGGAGGACGUGAAGGAGGGCGUGGAGGAGCUGAUGGGCGAUGGGAAUGGAGGGAGGGAGAGGAGGGGGAGAGUCAAGGAGCUCGCGGAGAAGGCCGAGAAGGCAAUGGAGGUAGGAGGGAGCUCGAGCCGGAGCUUGGCUCGGCUCGUCCGUGAGAUUUUGCAGUUGCAGCAACAUGUGUGAUGGGUUUGGCAAUUAAUGU